AUGGAAAGUUUAAGCAAUUCUGCCAUUGAAAGGCUCCAACUUCACAUGCAACUUCAAAACCUUGAAAACCCUAAUCACUCUCCUAAUCUGGCGAUGUGGCCUUUCAAGUUGAACCCAAUCCAAGAAAAGAUGAUGCAUCGUCUCCAACUUCUAAGUGAAUCAUCAAACCCAUUAAUGAUGCAAUAUGCUUUACCUGAUGCACAUCAAAAGGCUGAACUUUUUCGACCAUACAAUAACAUGUAUUCCCUACCAAAUAAUAUGUUGAUGAACCAAAUGGAGAAUUCCAUCGAUGGAAUUAAUGUUCCCGAAUCAUCAUCACAAGUACCAGAAUCAGAUGGUAUCAAACAGCCAGGCAUGGAAUUCCAGCAGUAUUGGGCACUACAAGCUGAAAUCGAUGAGUUCUUGAGCAACAAAGAAGCUAAUUCGAUACAACUAGAUCAAGCACAGGCAAAUGAAUUUGACUAUUUCAAGGAAAUGGAUGGAUCCAAGGACAUGAUGACUUGGUGGUCUAAUGAGUUCGAUGCAAAUUCAGCUUCCUCAAACUCGUGGGAUUCAAAUGGCGUCCUUGAUCACCAGCAACAAGGAUACGAACAGAGCGCACUGAAAAAUUAA